UUUUGAUUGGUUACCGUGGUCCACAACGGAAGCAAAACAGGAUCUGAAACUAAGCUGCAGCAAUCCUCAUGUUGCUGUUCGUGUGAGCUGCGCAACUGUGCAAGAAUUGGUUGGGACGACUGAAACACCAUGGAAGCAAAGUUAAAGAAGGAGUUGGGGACGACUAUGUUGAAGUCAACGGGACACACGGGAGGCGGAUGUAUCAGCGAGGGUCAGAGUUAUGAAACUGACAAUGGGAGAGUGUUUGUGAAGAUAAAUCACAAGAGUGAGGUAUUUAACACAAACCUCUAUGUCAAGCUUAUCAUGCAUGUCAAUUUUUUAAAAUACAUGUGAUCCAGUUGUAAGAUACACGGUCUAAAAGGUCAUGUGUUAUUUUUUAUUUAAGUUUUAUUAGACUUGUGUUCAGAUCAAAAAAGAUCAUUUUAAAUGUGUUUUAUACAUCAAUUAUGGUAUCUAUGAGCUACAACAUGAGGUCAAAAACCUAGCAUAAAAGUCCACCAUUUUAGAUUAGAGGACUAAUAAAGUCAUAAUAGUAUAGGAGAGUGUUUGUGAAGAUAAAUCACAAGUGAGGUAUUUAACACAAACCUUGUUUUUAACCAGUACCUUUACGUCAAGCUUACCAUGCAUGUUAAUUUUUAAAAAAACAUACCAGUUAAAAUGUGAUCCAAUAGUAAGUUACACGGUCUAAAAGGUCAUGUGUUAUUUUAACUUUGUGUACUCAUUGCGAAAUAUAAACACAGUCUAGAGUUGUAGAUCACCACACCUGCAACCGCCCAGUUGCUCACAGUUGUAUUUUUUCUUGUAUCAAUUUUAAUUUAACUUCUAUGUGUGCAAUUUUGCUUUGUUCAGGCAAAACAGAUGUUUGACGGGGAGAUGGCCAGCUUGGAAGCCAUUUUAAAGACUGAAACUGUCAAAGUCCCCAAACCUGUGAAGGUGAUUGAGCUUGACACAAAGGGAUGUGUGUUUGUGAUGGAACAUCUGGACAUGAGAAGUCUUAACAAGUAAGAUGUCUGUCAUACAGUUUGUGAGAUUUAACAGAGGUCAGUGACUCUGCAUUUUUUAUGACAUGUAUUGUUUAAAACUCAAUAUACAGGUUUUCAAAGCAACUUGGAGAGCAGCUGGCAGACAUGCACAUGCACAACAAGAGACAGCUGGAGAAAUUAAGCAAAGAGCAGCAGACAGUGGGUAAGCUUCUUAAAUAUUUAAAUUAAAGGGAUAUUCAGGUGUAAAAUUGAUUUAGGGUCAAACACACCGCAACACCAAGUUAGACACCCCCUCGAGAGAUGAAUGUUGCCGACCGCUUGCUUCUCUAGUUAUACCAACUUUAGUAACGACCACAAGAUAGCAAUACACAGCGGUCUGAGGAGCCAUAAAUACACCUCAACCAAAACGCCACUCUAUAGCCACAAAUAAUGCUCAGAACAGCACCUAACGUCAUCAACAGUACAUACAGGGUCCCAGCCAUAGUGCUAGCCACCAAACAUAUUUUUAACUUUGAACUACCGCGUCUGCAGUUCAAAAUGAUUAACAUGGUGAUUAUCACUUCAGGGAAAUGAUAAAGAAAUGAUCAUAAAUGUUCUUCCUUGAGCUGCGUCACCCCACAGAAGUCCAGAAUGAACUGGCCUGAGGUCUCGAUACAAACAAGCAGCUGCUAGAAGAGAGUAGGUGAGUUGUGUUUAGUCUCUUUGCUAAAGAAAUUAGGUAAAGUUAAAAAGAUGUUUGGUGGCUAGCAGAGAUGGGAAUUGUGGAGUCAGCAAGUCAUCUCCAUGCCAUGUAUUUGUUCUGCUCUGUCACUGAACCAGCUGCUUCCAAUGAGCAGCCAGGAAGGUGAGCUCAUUAGUGAAGGCAGCUGGUUCAGUGACAGAGCAGAACAAAUACAUGGCAUGGUGAUGAUUUGCUGACUCCACAAUUCCCAUCUCUGGUGGCUGGUACUAUGGCUGGGACCCUAUAUGUACUGUUGAUGAAGUUGGGAGCUGUUCUGAGCAUUAAUUGUGGCUAUAGAGUGGCGUUUUGGUUGAAGUUUGUUUAUGGCUUCUCAGACCACUGUGUAUUGCUAUCAUGCGGUCGUUACUAAAGUUGGUUUAACUAGAGAAGCAAGCAGUCAGCAACAUUCAUCUCUUGAGGUGGCAUCUAACUCGGUGUUAAAGUGUGUUUGACCCUAAAUCAAUUUUAUGCCAGAAAAUCCCUUCAAACUCACACAAAGCACGCCUAAAUGAAUAAAUCUCUCUUCCGCUUGUAAAAGAGUAAAAGUUGAAUGAGAAUAAAUCUCUGAUUGAUUAGCAUCGAUUAUAUACUCACUCAGGAAAAGGAGCUGGGCAGUCAGAGGUGGCAGCUGUUGAAAAAUUUGGCUUCCAUGGAACAACAUGCUGUGGAUAUUUACCACAGGUAAAAAUAAGUUGUAUGAUAAGCACACAUGGACUGUUUUCUAUCUAAUAUCUUUACAUUUGUAGAAUGUUUCAAAUUAUAUGAGAUGUAAAAAUCUCUCUGUUCUCAUCUUUCUUACCUAUAACUUGCAUAGGACAAUGAGUGGAUGGAGGACUGGGUGACAUUUCUCUCCAGGAACAGACUGCAGCAUCAGCUCAACUUAGUGGAGAAAUCUUAUGGAGACAGAGAAGCUCGAGAACUGUGGGCUGGGCUACAGGUCAAUCUUCCCUUUUAUCUGAUCAGAAACAAAAUAUAAAGCAUGUCCAUACAAAUCCAUCAAUAAUCUAAUGGUGCAACUUUCAUUUUCUGUCUGUGCUUACAGAGGAAGAUCCCUCAGUUUUUCACAGAUCUGGAAAUAGCCCCUGCUCUUCUCCACGGUGACUUAUGGGGUGGCAAUGUGGCGGAGUGUGCAGACGGUCCAGUCAUCUUUGACCCAUCUUCCUUCUAUGGACAUUCUGAGUUUGAGCUGGGUAUUACAGGGAUGUUUGGGGGCUUCAACAGCUCUUUCUACUCUGCCUACCAUGCAAAGAUCCCAAAAGCACCAGGCUUUGAAAAGAGAAACCAGCUCUACCAGCUCUUCAACUACCUGAACCAUUGGAAUCACUUUGGUGGUGGUUACAGAGGCUCUUCGAUAAAGGUUAUGAAGGACCUGUUAAAAUAACUGCACCAACAUACACUUAUGAUGACAGUCUUAAACUCAAGCAAGGCACUUAGUUCAUAAUGACAGAUGAUUUAUUGACCAAAAUUGGUGUGACUAUUUUUUUAAAAAGACUAAAUUUGUUGUUUGUUUUUUUUUAAUCUAGAAAGUAUAUUUAAUUGUGUAUAAAAUAUAAAACAUGCAUCACAAAUAUCUCCUGAUGUGCUUGCUCAAAGAUCUACUUUGCUCAAAAAGGUUAAAAAUGAAAGGACUUUGCUCUAUUAAUACACUAACAGGACUAUGUUCACACCAUACAACUGUAAUGACAACUUUCCUUGAAAUGUACUAUCAACUACAAUAGAACCAAUAAACUCUGGAAUGAUCAAGUGUUUUU